GCGCUAUCGAGCGGCAACACUAAUCUAGACUGUCAGUCAAAUCUGUGAGUUAAUCGAAUUUAUUGCCGAAAUUCUGGAGUCAAAAGUAACUUUUAGUGAAACAAAUUAAACCAAUGCGUGGUGUUGAUUGAACUGUACUUUCUAAUUUAUAAUAUGGAACGAAAAACUGAUAAAAUACCGCCAUCGGCUUCAUCUUUAUAUGUGAAACUGUACUGCAAAAAAAAAGGUUCGAGUGCUACAAAGUACCGCAAUAUCUUAAUUGAAGCAACAAAAUCCUGGGUUUCAUUAACUGAUCCAGAAAAACAACAGUUUUACGAUAAACUUAAUCAUUGCAAAACACAAUAUAGAAAGCAAUUUGCAGAAUAUUUAAAACAUGCAAAGCCAUAUUUGAAAAAAAAACAGUGUAAAAGAACUUCCUCUAACCAGAGCAAAGAGCACCAAGAUAUAUCAAAUCUAAAUAUUGAUGAGAGUCAGGCCCAACAAAACAUCACAAUUGAAACUGAUGCAACAAUAAUUUUAAAUAGAUCUGGAACUAAGACAGCAAUAGAAUUAUUUAAUAAUAAUUGGGAAGAACAAAUAGAAGAAUCUCAAAAUGAAAAACAAGAUAAUAAACCUCAAAAUGACAGAAAUCUUGAUGAUAAUUUCCCCCAAAAUGAGGAUAGUAUGGCUCAUGCUCAUGAACUUUCUGGAUCAGAGCAGCUACCAGAGCCUACUCCACCUAACGUAAAGACAGCUGAAGAACUCUUUAAAAUUGUUCAAGCUAUGGAAGGGCAACAUGAUAGAACUUGGAAAUCACUAACAAAACCAGAAAAAGCCAGAUACCAAAAAGCUCUCCUGAAAUUAAAGAAAACUUACAUUGUGAAAUACAAGGAAUAUUUAGAAAAUUUAUCACCUCAAGCAUUAUUUGAUCAUUACAAUAAACAAAUUGUUGACUAAUUGUGAUGCUUUUUUGUUUCUAUAGUGGUUUGUUGUAAUGUUUGAGCAAUGUAUUUGGAUUCAUACCAGUUAGGCAAUUACUUGAAAAAUAUAUUAAUAAAACAUAUUGAAAACUUUGUAA